AUGUGUUUCCUUUCCGAAAAGCAAAAUCCAAACUGUAUGGAAUUUGUGCUUGAGGUGGAUGAUACAGGUAAAGGUAUUCCAAAGAGAAACAAAAUUCAGUUUUUGAAAAUUUUGUUCAAGUCAAAGAAACAGCUCCUGGGGAAGGAGGCAUUGUCUCAGGACUUGGUACGUUUAAUGGGUAGAGAGAGAGCUGAUCUCUGGCAAUCAAAAACGGAUUUUUGCGAAGCAUUUGGCAGAGCAUCUGCUGAUGGAUUAUGUUUCAAUGGUGAACCUGUUACCCUCAAUAACACUGGUUCACCGAGUCCCCCAGCUGGUUUGUGCCUCGAGAAAAUUGGAAAUGGAUCUUACCUCACUAUGGUUGGUCAUCCUGAUGGCUCUAACCGUGCAUUCUUCUCCAGCCAACCGGGUAAGAUUUGGUUGGCAACUAUUCCUGAAGAAGGAUCUGGAGGAAUUCUGGAAAUUGAUGAGUCCAAUCCUUUCAUUGAUCUAACGGAUGAGGUUUAUUUUAAUAGUGAAAUUGGGUUGUUGGGUAUGACAUUUCAUCCAAACUUUGCACAAAAUGGCCGGUUCUUCGCUUCAUUUAUUUGUGACAAGUUCAGGUGGCCAGGAUGUGUUGGAAGAUGUUCAUGUAAUUCAGAUGUGCAUUGUGAUCCUUCAAUGCUGGUUUCUGAUAAUGGUGUCCAGCCAUGCCAAUAUCAUAUUGUUGUUGCAGAGUAUUCUGUAAACAACACAGCAGUUGAAGCUUCCUUGGCCACAGCUGCCAAAUCAUUGGAAGUUAGAAGGAUACUUGCAAUGGGCCUUCGUGGAAAAAAAGGAGAGAGGAGGGAACUUGUCUCAGGUUUAAUACUUUCCUUAUUGCAUCAGCUGAGAAUCCAACAAGUAAUACAAUGGCAGUGACAUUGAAAUGGGAUCCUAUAACACCCAUCAAUGCAUAGUUUAACAUCCGUGCCUCCAGUCCUCGGCUUUCCAAACUUAGUUCUAGUGCCAGGGCUGAAAGAUCCCAUAUAGUUCUCUUGAUUCAAAAUGUUGAGCAGAAAUGGGGAUAAAAGAUUCGGUUGUUGGCAAAUGGGAAUUGUCUCCAUGCUACACUAGCAAAGAUAAAAUCCAAGCACAAUGUUUCACCUCACAGCUCUUCAGGAAGAUCAGAAUUUGGUUCAAGAAGUGAAAUUUCUAGCAGAAAAUCAAAAGAUGCUCCUUUAUGUGCCUUGGACGGAAUAGAACAAAGACUACCUUCUCAUAAAUGCUUUUUGUUGAUUGUGAUUGAUGCCAGUGCAGGACCGUUUCAAGAACAUGAUCCUUCCGAGUGCUUUGCAAGGUUGUUUGGUUCGAUAAACCAACUUUGCCUAACAUCAUUACUAGAAGCCUUGAAGAGCACAUGAUCCAUCCGGAGGAUGAUAUCUUGCUGAAACUGUUUCAUGGCUCUCGCUUGUAUCUAAUUAAACUUCUACCAGAAUUGGGGGUGCCUGGCAUCAUGGAGUUUCAUCAGCAAAAUCCAAGAGAGAAUGUGCAUUUGAAAGUGGAAAAGCUGUCAAAGAUCACGGAUCAUCAUCUGCAAUGCACUCAGAGUCUAUAGACAUCAAUAACUCCUAUGGACACUUGCUUCGUGAUGGGACCGACUAACAAAAGGCAACUUAAGGAGGAGAAAACACAAGAAAUCAAAGCAUUAUACAGCUUUAAGAUUCAGUUGGAUCCUCAGAGAUAGAAGAGGAAGAAGAAUUAGUAUUACAAGGUAAACAAAGCAUUGCUAAACCCUUGCAUGGAAUGAGAUUCUUGGUUGAUAAUCCAUUUUUAUGGAAGACAGCCAUGAUUAAUCUUUUGCAACUCAGUGCAUCUGUUGAGCUUUGUCACAACAGAAAGGAAGCUCUACAGUUAGUCCGUCUUGGUAUAGACCAAAGAAAAAGUGGAGCUCCCUCAGGCCUCAACUUCUCCAAAUGACAAUAGCUCCUCUUUGAAUGCGCGUUUGAUCUAAUUACAUAGCUACAGUCCUGGUAUUACACAAGUCAAAACUGAUUUGACUUCAUUUAAGAAUUUAUCAGUUUCUAAUC